CAGCACAUAAGAAGGACUCUAUGUGGGACCUUUUGCCUGGGAGUUUGAUUAUAUCAUUGACAUCAGUCCAGAUAUCUGUUGUCUUAACACAUUGACAUACACACGGAAAGAAGAGGAUUUCAGUUUCAGGACAUCAUGGCUAAUCUAAAAUUAAUAUGUGUACUGUUGGUCUCAGGGGUCUUACUUAUUGUACUGUGUUUACUGAUUUGGAUAUUUGUAAGCAGAACUCCACCCCUCGAACACUCCUCGUAUGCGUGCUAUUCUAAAGCAGCAGUAGCAGCAGAUAAUGAGAUGUGCUCUAAGAUUGGGAGAGACAUUUUACAGCGAGGUGGUUCAGUAGUUGAUGCUGCUAUUGCCGCUCUGCUGUGUUUGGGUGUGGUCCAUCCUCAAAGCAUGGGCAUCGGAGGAGGGGUGAUUUUCAACAUAUAUAACGCAUCAACAGCAAAUGUGACAAUAAUUGAUGCCAGAGAAACUGCUCCAAGUAUUGCUAAUAAGACCAUGUAUGGCAAUGUCUGCCAAACGGAAAAGACAGGAAACUCAUCCAUAGCUGUACCAGGACAAAUUCGUGGUUUUGAGUUGGCACAUAGAAAAUUUGGUAGACUGCCAUGGAAGGAACUGUUCCAGCCCAGUAUAAAUUUGUCACGUUACGGUUUUAAUGUCAGCAAGUCCUUGUCCAAAGCCAUUGAAGUCAAAUGUGCACCAGAUAAUGAUACUGAAAUGAAAGUAACUCUGUGUGCUGCAUUUCGUGACUCAAAAAAAAACCUCCUGAAGGAAAAUGAUCAACUAAUUCUUACCAAACUAGCUGACACCUAUGAAAAGAUAGCAAAUGAAGGGCCAGAUGCUUUUUACACUGGGUCUAUAGCCAAAAAUAUAGAGAUUGAAACAGGAGGGAUUAUAACACGUGAGGACCUUAAGAAAUAUAAAGCAAAAGAAAAAAAUACUAUAAAACUUUCUGUGGGAGAGAACACUGUUCAUGUUCCUGAUGCUCCAUCUGGUGGACCUGUGCUCGGACUGAUUCUCAACAUACUCAAAGGUUUCAACAUCUCAUCUCACAGCAUGUCCACAAAAGAGAACAAGACUUUAACAUAUCAUCGCAUUAUAGAGGCAUUUCGCUUUGCUUAUGCAGAGAGGACUAAACUGGGAGACCCACAAAAUGACAACUUAGGCCCAUCCCAUGAAGUCGUCCAAGAGGUGACCUCAGACGAAUAUGCAAUAAACAUCAGCAGGAAAAUCACAGACACUACUCACCCAGAAAGCUACUAUAAACCUAAAUCUAAUGUACCGGACGACAAGGGAACGUCUCACCUGUCUGUCAUUGCAGAAGAUGGGAGUGCUGUGGCAGUCACCAGCAGUAUCAAUGAUUUUUUUGGUUCUCUGGUGAUUUCACACUCAACUGGCAUAAUCUUUAAUAACCAGAUGGAUGAUUUCACCUAUCCUUGUUAUGAAUAAAGCAAUGGACUCAACAACUGUAUUGAAGCAGGUAAACGUCCACUUUCAUCAAUGUCCCCCACGAUAAUAUUUGACAAACACAACAAAGUCAAAAUGGUGGUUGGGGCGUCAGGUGGAAAACAAAUCACCACAGGAACUGCUCAGGUGAUCCUGGACUAUUUGUUCUUUAACUAUGAUCUGAACAAAUCUGUUAAUGAACCCAGAGUCCACAGUCAGUUAAGACCUGAUGACACAUCUGUAGAAAGUGACUUUGAGGAGAGUGUAUAUAAAGGCUUGAACAAGAUACAUCAUCAUAAACUAUGUUUACAACCACCCGGCGAAACAAUAGCACGAGUCCAAGCAAUUGUGCAACAGAAUGGAGAAAUCUGUGCUAAAUGUGAUGACAGGAAAGGCGGCUUUCCAGCAGGAUACUGAAAUGCUCUCCCUUCUCACUAUUUCAACCGUCUGUAUUGAUGACUCACAUUCAUAUUCAAAAACAAUACUCCUUUUAGCUAAAAACACACUUCUUUCUCAUUUAUUUGCAUAAUUGUACUGUUGGUGAAUGUUGAUUAUAUUGGCUUUUUAUAUUGUAUUUUUAGUAGAUGCAUUAGGUUUUGUAUUAGAUAUAAUUGUAUCAGGUACUCUCUAAUAUCUCUAUUUAAAUAGAAACCAUUCUGUGCACUUCUCCUUUUUCUUGUUAUUCUUGCUGAAUUGCAUGCUUUCAUAUGACAUUCAUAUUCAAAUAUGAAGCAGAGUAAAAUAUGAAGCAAAUCCUGCUAAAAAACUGCUUUUGCAACUGGCUGCUUGAGAAAUACAGAUGAUAUCCCUUUGUGAAAUCAGAAUAAGCACUCACUUGCACUCAGCUCAAAAACAGACAACAUUCUUCAGAUGUCAGAUGAUUUUUCAAUGCAUCACAAGAAAGUGGUACAAAAUUACUGUGAUGUUAACAGAAAAAGGAUGUAAAAAUUAUACUGUAAAAUAAAACUUUUAAUUGUUUAUCUGGUAGUUACUUUAUAAAAAUGACGAUAGCCUAUAUUUAACAAGACAUGUAAUUGUAUGAUAAAAUGUUAUUAAAAUAGUUCCCUAUCAAUUCAGUUCACUUCGACAUUGCAAAUCAUGUUCUCGCAGUGAGAACAUGAACCAUCCACAAAUGCUGCCUCGGUGUGAUCGCAACCCAGACACACGAGACAGCGC